AUGAUGCUGGUAUCCGAUGGCAACAAACGAAAAAAGCAAAACCAAUAUACACCAAGUUUCACGGAAAAGUUCCCGCAGGCAGCAUACCCAUAUGCCUACAUCAAGAAUCUAUCGGGUUUCAGUCCGUGCGAGGACCCCGCUAUUGUUGCGGAAGAAACGUGCAAUUGUGAAUAUCUUGGGAAGACAAUCUGGAGAAUUCAAUGUACUUGA